AUGGAAAUGCAGAACCCAUAUUCAAUCAUCUUCAUCUUCUUCUGCUUCUUCUUUGUGAUCCGCAAGCUAUCUUCUUCCAGGAAACCCACCAGAAACCUACCUCCAGGGCCAUGGAAAUUACCCCUUAUAGGAAACCUACACCAACUUGCUGGCUCACUGCCCCAUCGUUCUCUCACAAAUCUUGCAAACAAGUACGGACCAUUCAUGCAUCUUCAACUAGGACAACUUUCUCAUAUCAUAGUAUCUUCACCAGAAUAUGCCCAAGAAAUAAUGAAGACACAUGAUCAGAUCUUUGCAAAUAGGCCCAAAAGUCUUGCCUCUGAUAUCUUGACCUAUAAUUGCACAGACAUCAUCUUUUCCCCAUAUGGAAACUACUGGAGGCAGCUGCGAAAGAUUUGUCUGUUGGAGCUUUUCUCUAAAAGAAGGGUUCAAUCAUUCAAAAAAAUAAGGGAAGAAGAGGUGUUAGCACUUGUGAGGAAUAUCUCUAAACAUGAAGGUUCUGUCAUGAACCUUAGUGGAAAAAUCUACGCAUUCAUGAAUUAUGUAGUCGUCAGAGCGGCGUGUGGCAAAAAGACAGAGAACGUAGAACAUCUACUGCAAAUAAUGGAGCAAUCAAUAAAGGCUGGCUCUGGGUUAUCCAUUGAUGAUUUCUAUCCUUCGCUGAAAUUUAUUAGUGUCAUCACUGGGAUGAGAGCUCGAGUUAUGAAGUUGCACAAAGAUUGUGAUGAAGUGCUUGAUGAAAUCAUUAGAGAACACAAAGAAAAGAAAGGCAAUAAUUUUGGAGAGGUCGAGGAUGAUCUAGUUGAUGUUCUUCUCAAGAUUCAAGCGGAGGAUGACUUUGGGAUCCACUUAUCCCUUGACAACAUUAAGGCUGUUCUUAAAGAUGUUUUCUUUGCUGGAACCGGAACAUCAGCAGCUACAAUUGAAUGGGUAAUGUCAGAAUUACUGAAAAACCCAGAGGCAAUGAAAGAGGCACAAGCAGAGGUAAGAAGAAUCUAUGGAGGCAAAGGAUUUGUCGAUGAAUCAGAACUUCAUCAAUUAAAAUAUUUAGGUGCUGUUAUCAAAGAAAGCUUCAGACUGCAUCCACCUGGGGCAUUGUUGGUUCCCAGAGAGAAUAGUAAUAGUUGUAAAAUCAAUGGAUAUGAGAUAACUCCAAGAACAAGGAUUAUUAUUAAUGCUUGGGCUAUUGGAAGAGAUCACAAGAUUUGGAAUGAACCAGAGAGAUUUGAACCCAAAAGGUUUCUUGAUACAACGGUUGAUUACAAUUUCAAUGGUUCAAAUUUUGAGUUCAUCCCAUUUGGCGCGGGAAGACGAAUAUGUCCUGGAAUUACAUUUGCUAUACCUACUCUAGAAUUGUUACUUUCCAAUUUACUUUACCAUUUUGAUUGGAAACUCCCCAGUAGAAUGAAGCCUGAGGAAAUGGACAUGGAUGAGUCAUUUGGAGCUGCGAUACAGAUCCCAUAUUCUAUCAUCUUCUUCACUUUCUUCAGCUUCUUUGUGAUCCAUAAGCUCCAAAAACCUACCUCCAGGGUUUCUCAUAUCAUAGUGUCUUCACCAGAAUAUGCCAAAGAAAUAAUGAAGACCCAUGAUCAAAUCUUUGCAAAUAGGCCCAAAAAUCUUGCCUCUGAUCUUUUGACCUACAGUAGCAUAGACAUCAUUUUUUCCCCUUAUGGAAACUAUUGGAGGCAACUUCGAAAGAUUUGUACUUUAGAGCUUUUCUCCAAACGAAGGGUUCAAUCAUUCAAGAAAAUUAGGGAAGAGGAGGUAUUAGCACUUGUGAGGGAUAUCUCUGAACAUGAAGGUUCUGUCAUGAAUCUUAGUGGAAAAAUCUACGCAUUCAUGAAUUAUGUAGUUGUGAGAGCGGCUUGUGGAAAAAAGACAAAGAAUGUAGAAUACUUGCUGCAAACAAUGGAAGAAUCAAUAAAGCUAGGCUCUGGGUUAUCCAUUGAUGAUUUCUAUCCUUUGCUGAAAUUUAUUAGUGUCAUCACUGGGAUGAGAGAUCGAACAUGA